AUGAGGCUGUGGCUGCUCUGCGGUUUCGCUGCCGCCGUGGUCCUCGUGGCCACAGCCGGAGCCAACCAUAGUGACUCGAAGAAGGUCGCACGGGGGAGAGAGCGGCUGGACAACGUGGAGAAUCUCCUGAAGAACAGGAACUUCUGGAUCCUGCGGCUGCCCCCCGGCUCCCGGGGAGAGGUCCCCAAGGUACCCAUCACGUUCGAUGACAUUUCAGUGUACUUCAACGAGCAGGAGUGGGAGAGGCUGGACCGCUGGCAGAAGGAUCUGUACAGGGCUGUGAUGAGGGGGAACUACGAGAUGCUGAUCUCCCUGGACUACGCCGUGUCCAAGCCUGACAUCCUGUCCCGGAUCGAGAAGGAUGAAGAUCUCUGUGUGCGAGAUGGUCAGGAGCUCCUGCUGACGGGCGUCGGAGAUGGUCAGGAGCCCGCGCCGGCACCAGAAGAGAUGGAGCAGAUGAAAGAGGCUUUGGGAGAAGACGAAUUCCCCGAGGAAGCUGACGCAGACGACGCCGUGUCCAGGCCUGACCUCCUGUCCCGGAUCGAGAGGGAUGAAGAGUUCUGUGUCGAAGACUGUCAGGAGCCCCCGCUGACACGUAUCGGAGAUGGUCAGGAGCUUCCACAGACCAAUGUCCGAGAUGGUCAGAAGUCCCCGCAGGCGCACGCUGGAGAUAGUCGGGAGUCCCCUCAGACAGGCGUCCCAGGCAGUCAGGACACCCCGCAGACAAGUGUCCCAGAUGGUCAGAAGUCCCCACGGACACCAGAAGAGGUGGAUCAGGAGGAAGAGGCUUUGGGAGAAGACAGAGUCCCCACGGAAGCUAACACAGAACUCCCCAUCCUGGUGAUGAACGUCAUGUCCCUGAGCGCGCAAAAAGAGGAGCUGCGCAGGGACGAUGGGCCUGAGACAGAGAUGGAAGAGGACGCGGCUGAGCCUAGCACCAAGGAAAGCUUUUUACUGGGAAAUGAAACGGUGCGUGAACGGGCUUCUCCUCCUGAAAACGUCAAGGUGAAGGAAGAGGAGCCUGAAGCAUUGCAAGAGGUUUCGGCAACCUCUCCCAGCCCAGAGAGCCACAAGUGCCCCAAAAAUGAGAAGGCGAAGAGCAAGAAGAAGCCGAGCAGAUGUGCAAGCAGCAGGCUGCUGAUGGGCAACUGUCGGCGCGGUGACGUGCGCGAGUGGUCCCACCCCUGCACUGAAUGCGGGAAGCGUUUCCGUCUGAAAAUCAACCUCAUCAUCCACCAGCGGAGCCACGCCAAAGAGGGGCCCUACGAAUGCGCGAUGUGCGAGAUCAGCUUCGCCGACAAACGCCACCUGGACCUCCACCAGAGCAUCCACAUAAAAGACAGGGCCUUUGGGGCCAAGGUCUGGGGGAACGUCCACCCAGAGCUGAGGAUCCGGCCGAGGAGAAAGUUCUGCGGGGCUUUCUGCGGAGGUGCCAACGGCCUGAACAACGGGACGUACGCUGAGGGGGCCUGGCUGGGCCAGGCCAAGGAGAAGCUGGACAGAGGGAACCUGUCCAGCACGUGUUUUUCCCGACAGCAGAGUCCCAGACUCUCACGUCUGCUGGCUGAUGCACGAAAUUUUCCCAAGCUGACCUUCCUGGGAGAUGACCGGGUGGUCUCCUUUAGUCGUGUGCUAAAUCCCCCACGGAAGACUAAUUCUGGUAGCUACCUCAAACGUCUUGCGGAGUGA